AUGUCUGAUACUUCACAUUCACACAAUUACGGUACAAGAAUAAGGAACAAUUCAAUCCUUAAACCAAGCGCUCGUCUUCGUCAAUCACCACAACCAAGGCGUAUAAAACCAGUACCACAUGCAACACAAACAGAAUUAACUCAAAAUCAAUCUCAAUUCCCAAUAUUUCCACUACCAAAUGUCAUGCUACACCCAGAAGAUGCCACUAGCAAGGUAUUUCAUGCUAUCGGUCGUUGCUUCCUCAGCGUGGACAAUCGCGCCAUGACUAUCAAGGACCUUGCGGAAAUGACGCUAAACUUCGGCCUCGUGUGUCAGAACGUUUCCGCUGCGUCGCAAGCAAUAACUACUUACAUUCGAAAUCAUCUCUCUCGAUGUGAAGCUCAACAAGAUCACCCUCUUCUUCUUCGUCAUACCCUCUCUGGCACACCCGCUGACGACGAUCUCGUACCUGCACUCCACUCCCGUGUAGGAGGCGCACCCCUACAAAGGCAGCCACUCGACUCCACGUGUCCAAAUCAGAACAUUCCUACUGGUCGCCACACAAACUUUCGUCGUGGCACAAUCGUAUGGUAUCUUUCAAAAGCUAGUGGCGUCUCCUGCCCCUUUUCUCGUGCUGGUAUUCUCCUUUCAAAUUACCCCGCUUCCACUUCCAAUACAAAGCCUCGAAAGCAAUCUCACAAUUCAAUGGAAAAGUGCGGAGAGAAACGCAAAAGACUCAUUUCAAGACGCUGUCAGAGUGCCUCCAGUUCUUCUUCUGAUGAAGAAGAUGAACCUGAAAGACCUCCAAAAGUCAAACUCACCCUACGUCUCCGUCCUUCUCCUACUGCCACAGAUCCCACAGACAUCAUUGAUCUCUCCCAUGAUACUUCCUCAGAUGAUGACGUCGACAUGUCCCCAGCAGAGCCAAAUAUUCGUGCAGAACCAUUUUGCCUCCCACCCUACCCUCGCAGAUCAAUCGCAGUUCCAUGUUACACCCCCGUGUGCCCUACCUCCCUUCAAUACGUCUUUCCCCCGCCACCCAUCGACCAAUCCAGAGGAAGCGCAUCACCUCCGCCAGAUUCUGACCACGAAGAAGAUAUGGACUUUGAUUUCUCAAGCGAUGAAGAGGAAUCUCGAGGCGUGAGCGUGAAAGUAGAAGACGAAGGAGAAAAUAAUGAUAUCGGUACAAGUCAGAACGUGAGAGACAUGCUAGAUGCCUGGGAGGACCUAGAUCUCAAUCGUGCGCGGUCCUAUUCAUGCCCGGAGUCUGGGUUCACUUUGGUGGCGCAGGGAAAUGAAAUUCGCCACGCAGUCGCUCCAGAGGUGAAGGUCGAGGAACUUGAGCUAUGGGAAUGGGAGUUUGAUAGUGGCUGGGCGGGAGCGUGUGGCGAGAUUGAAGUCAAGAAGGAAGACGCUCCAGAGGUGAUGAAUGGGUUAUCGUUGUCCCCUACGAGUGUACCAUGGAGUGGGUUUCCACUCUCUCCUAUGUCGCCACUCACCCCUUCUCCAACGUCCCCGGGUUCGAGCACGGGGUUCACGUUCCAUUAUUCGUCAGCACUAUCUGCGUCACCAAGUAUCAAUAGUUCCCCUCCUCGGCUCACACAUGCGAAGAAACCGUCUCUCGAACGCAAGAACAGCGUGUUGGACUGGCAGGACGCAGAAUUGCUUGGCCCUGAUAGUGUCCACAUUGCCGAGCUCGAGCUAGAAUGGGAAAAGGGAACUCAUCGGACGCGAUUCGCAUCAUCCGCACCCCACGCUUCUUUAUCGGCGAAUGAAGACAGCCAAAUGACUGAUCCCGAGCCUCUCCCCGAAUGCAAAGACCAAGUUGUAGUAGUGCACACGUGUGUACCGUGCGAUCCACCUGUUAGCGCCACGCAGGUCGAAGGAAUACCGGUAUAUCAAACUACGCUACCUCUUUGUGCACCCCACAUAACGCGCACGCUUUUGAGGAGGCUAGACACGGAUUUCGUAAACCUAACGCCGUUGCUUGCUGCGUUUUCACCAUCGCCGUCACCUUGUGCUGCUGUGGUCCCGGUUCUUCCUUCGAGCGCUGUGCGAUUUGAACAUCCAAAUUUGGCUGUGGCGGGGCUGUGGGUGUCGUUGGAUUGUGCGAGGGAGUUUUUAAGGACCAGUGUUCAGGCGGGUCCCAAGCGCGCGGAACAGCCUUGCUUGCAAGACGAGGUGCUAAGAACAAGCGUGGAGGUGUUCUUAAGCGACGAGCUUGUAAUGCGGUUCCCGAGCGCCUUGAGGGAUUUCUGGAGGGCGAGUAAGCCUGGGAGGAUGUUGGGGCAGUUUGGGGUGUGUUUUGAGGGUGGGAGGAUUGUGGGGAGUCAGGGCUCCUCCUCGUCUUCUGGGAGUGCAUGUCUCGUGAGUGAGAUAGAUUUUGAGAGGGGGAGCAUCCUCGGAAGCGGUGUUGACUUUGGGAGUGCGCGCGCUAGUUCGGGGAGCGAACACACUAGUCUUGGCAUUGGCAGUGGAAGCACCGGUCUCAGGGUUGGACGCACCGAUUUUGGACCGGGAAGCGCCGAUCUCGGAAAUGGACAUGGGAUCGUAAGUGGAGAGCUACCGCUGAGUCCUACGGAGGCAGAGAUGUUUCGGGUGUUAUGUGUAUGUCCUGAUUGGGAGGAGAAGGAUUUGGGCGAGGGUUAUGCCAAGGGUGAUGUGUGUAUGGAUGCUCGGGAUCAAGAUGCUGAUGGGGAACCUGAUGACAACGCGGACGACCAAUGCGAUAAAGACACGGACGCUGAUGCCGACGUGGACGUAGAGAUCGUGGAAGAGGAGCCGAGGAGUUUGAAAGAUGGCCGCUCGUUGAGGCGGUCGAAACGGGUUGCGGAUGCUGUUGCUCGCACACGGGGUGUGCGGCCCCGGAUGAGGGGGCCGAGACACGCGUGA